GUGAAACUCGUCCGCUCGCAGCCUCCACUCUGCAGUUGCAGGCUGCACUAGCGCUGGUAGCUUUUGACCACAGUUUGUGUGUAAGGACAGAGGUCCACGCGAACACAGAAAAAAAAGAUAAUCAAUAAAGGGACUUUGAAGUAACGUUGAUGUUUCAUUUGGGAGCACUUCCCUCAACAUGAGGGUCCGUCACUGAUUUUGGAUAUUGAACACAGCUCUGCCUGUUGCCUAAAGUUCAAUACCCACUGCUCAGAGUUUUGGUGAACAGAACUGGGCGCAAUUACGCACGGCGAGCACCAUGGCACCGAUUUUGGAUAGACGCGCUCCGGCUUUGCUCUUGGUUUGGAGCUACUGCGUCCUGGCGGAUACCGCCUUCACGAACUUCACUCUGGACAAUGAGUUUCACUCCAGUUUCAUCCACCGUCGACUGAAGAGCCAGGAGCGCAGAGAGAUGCAGCGGGAGAUCCUGUCAAUUUUGGGGCUGCCGCACCGGCCGCGGCCACACCUGCACGGAAAGCACAAUGCGGCCCCGAUGUUCAUGCUGGACUUGUACAACGCCAUGUCCACAGAGGGGGACGAGGACAGAUACUCCUACCCGUACAAGCCCGUCUUCACCACCCAGGGCCCCCCGAUAGCCAGCCUGCAAGACAACAACUUCUUGAACGAUGCAGACAUGGUCAUGAGCUUUGUGAAUUUAGUCGAGCACGAUAAGGAAUUCCUACCAGUGCGGCGGCAUCACCGAGAGUUCAGAUUCGACCUGUCACGUAUCCCUGAGGGUGAGGCGGUCACUGCAGCCGAGUUUCGUAUAUACAAAGACUUCAUCCAUGAACGUUACGAUAAUGAGACUUUUCGUAUCAGCGUCUUCCAGGUGCUGGAGGAACACUCAGACAGGGAAUCGGACCUUUUUCUGCUGGACUCGAGGGUGAUCUGGGCAGCAGAGGAGGGAUGGUUGGUGUUUGACGUGACAGCCACGAGUAACCACUGGGUCCUGAACCCUGGCAGAAACCUGGGUCUGCAGCUAGCCCUGGAGAGCACAAAUGGAGAGAGCAUCAACCCUCGAGUGGCAGGCCUCAUCGGUCGCAGCGGGCCUCAGAACAAACAGCCCUUCAUGGUGGCCUUCUUCAAAGCCACCGAGGUGCACCUGCGAAGCAUCCGCUCAGCGUCAGGGGGCGCCAAGCAGCGUAACCCCAACCGCUCCAAAGGGGCAAAGAGCCAAGAGGCGCUCCGAGUGGCCAACGUCGCAGAAAACAGCAGUACUGAUCAGAAGCAGGCAUGUAAGAAGCAUGAGCUCUACGUCAGUUUCCGAGACUUGGGGUGGCAGGACUGGAUCAUCGCUCCAGAAGGAUACGCAGCAUACUAUUGCGAGGGAGAAUGUGCCUUCCCACUGAACUCCUACAUGAACGCCACAAACCACGCCAUUGUGCAAACCCUUGUCCAUUUCAUGAACCCAGAGACAGUCCCGAAACCUUGCUGCGCCCCCACGCAGCUCCACGCCAUCUCCGUGCUCUACUUCGAUGACAGUUCCAACGUCAUCCUCAAGAAGUACCGCAACAUGGUGGUCAGAGCUUGUGGCUGCCACUAGACCGUCAGCAUCUCCACGCGGACACGCGCAUACGCACACUCACGAGUCUCCUGUUGAAAAUGCUGUCGUCCGAAAUGUUGUGGGUGGAUUUACAAACUGCCGUGUACAAUGUGCAUUUGAUGGACUUCCUGCAGGUUCAAGACACUUUCCGCUGUGGAAAAAACACUCUUGAACCUAAUACAUCGUGGGGGCCAAACGUAAAUUUCGACCAAUUCAAGACUCCUCAUCCCAAGUGCACAUUUAAACACACUCAUACACACACUCACAUCCGUGCUUUCUACUGUGUAUACAAGACAUUUAAAGCAGUGAUUGUACUGUAUAUUCAUUCAGUCAACAAUCGUUUGUUUAUUUCAAUAAUUAUUAUAAUUAUUGUAGUUCAUUCUUUUAAUGUAGAUAUAUAUGAGGCCGAGAGAGGAGGAUGAAAUUUGUAUUUCUUCUAUGUACAAUACCGUGUAAAUAAUUUUUUUCAAACAAAGCAAGUGUAUUUAUUUCCUGGAAUGUCACUUGGAUUUGUGUUUUUCCUGUAUGCAAUGCUGCCUAUUUUCUAUCUCGUACACACAAAACAAAAGUUGACAGAAAACUACUUUGACAAACUCGACGCACCUGUCUUUGCCUCAUAGAACUUUUUUUUUUUUUUUUUUUUUAUUAAAUAUAACGACAAACAACUGAGCUGUCAGAGAGGGAAAGAGCUCGGGAGCUUUGCACGAAACAUCUCAUUCUGCGUGCUCGACAUUUUCAGGUUUAUAUUUCUCUGCUGUAAUACAAUCUGUCAUAUUUAAAAGGACUAUUUAUUGAGAGCUGGCUAAGUUGUUCAACAGUGCGCUCCAAUGUCUCAACUAUGUUUUACUGCUGAACUGGUACAACAAUAAACUGGGGGAAAAGCAACAAA